AUGCGUGAAGAAACAGUUGACACGACUAAGAAGUUCAAUACGGACUUGACCGACUAUGCCGUCACGCCCCAAACCAAUUCAGCUGGGCCUUAUGCCAACAAUCUUGAGGUUGACGCUUUGAUCGUCGGCGCUGGCUUUGCCGGUAUCUUCAUGCUCAAGACGCUUCGGGACCGUGGCAUGAACGCAGUGAUCUACGAAGCUGGUAAUGAUAUGGGAGGAACCUGGCGAUGGAACUGCUACCCUGGAGCCGCCGUUGAUUCGGAAAUCCCGGAGUAUGAGUUCUCCUUCCCAGAGGUCUGGAAGACGUGGAACUGGUCGACCAACUACCCGGACUACAAAGAACUCCGGUCCUACUUUGAUCACGUCGACAAGGUUUUGAAUAUCAAACAAAACUGUGCCUUUAACACCGUCGUCACUGGUGCGAAGUUUGACACUUCGUCUGGGCGAUGGAAUGUGCAAACUGCGGACGGUCGAACGACCAAGGCCAAGUACUUGAUUCUUGGUACUGGAUUUGCCGCGAAGCGAUACUUCCCGCCAUGGCCCGGGAUGGACAAGUUCAAGGGCAUCAUGCACCACUCCUCCUUCUGGCCCGACGACGAAAUCGAUGUCCGUGGCAAGCGCUGUGCCGUUAUCGGUACAGGCGCUUCAGGUGUACAAAUUGUGCAGGCCUGGGGUCCCAACGCGGGAUCCCUCAAGGUGUUCCAGCGCACCCCGAACUUGGCCGUGCCUAUGCGUAGGCGCUAUUACACCGAGGAGGAACAGAACAAUAAGAAGGCUCUAUACCCUGAGCUUUUCCGUUUCCGUGAGAAGAACUUUGCCGGGUUCCACUAUGGCUGGUAUGAGAAGAACACGUUCGACGACACACCCGAGGAGCGUGAGGCCUUUUACGAGAAGGUCUGGGAUGAGGGCGGAUUUCGAUUUUGGGUCGGUCUCUACAAAGACAACCUCUUUAACCCAGAAGCGAACAAGGAAUCCUACAAUUUCUGGGCCAAGAAGACGAGGGCCAGGAUCGAUGAUCCCAGGUUGAAGGACCUUCUCGCACCACUAGAGAUGCCUCACUACUUCGGCAUUAAACGACCCUGCUUGGAGGCCACCUACUACGAACAGUUUAACCGGCCGUCUGUCGACGUCGUUGACAUUCAGGAUAAUGCUAUCAAGGAGUUUACCGAGUCAGGAAUCAUCCUCGAAGACGGAUCUCAUCAUGAGUUCGAUGUGAUUGCGGUCGCCACCGGAUUCGAUGUUGUCACUGGAGUAAUGACCCAACUGGGGCUUGAAAGUAUCCAUGGGACCAAACUCGAAGACGAAUGGGCCCCUGGUGCCUCCACUUUCCUCGGCCUGACUGUCGGUGGCUACCCCAACAUGUUCCAUCUCUAUGGAGCGCAUGCCCCGACGCUUCUCAGCAACGGGCCCUCGACGAUCGAGGUUCAGGGCAGGUGGAUCGCCGAUUGCAUCCGCAAGAUGGAAAUGAAUAAUAUCCAAUAUAUCAACCCCAAGCCCGAGGCUUGUAAGGAGUGGAAGGAUCAGCUCGUUAACCUCAACAACGCCACUCUCUUCCCCACCACCAGGUCGACGUACAUGGGCGGCAGCAUUCCGGGCAAGGUGUUUGAACCUGUCUGCUACGCUGGCGGCAUUCCCUCGUACGCGGCGGAGAUUCGACAGGCUUUGGACAAAGUCGAGGAUCUAUCCCAGCCGUGCGCCUAUUGUAUCAGGACAGGAAAGAAAUGUACAUACGCCUGGGCGCAUGCCCAGCUCCAGUCGACGCGACGAUCGAGACGCCGAAGCGAUGCCGAGGAUCGCAGACCUCAUAUGACCCAUGGACUAGCCAAGCGCCAGCGGAGGUCAGACUCAAUUGACCGACCGGUAGAGAACAUUGUGCCCGACACACGAAUAGCCGUUGGAUCGACGACGACAUCGACGACGACAUCGACGACGACGAUGACAAGUAUGCCCGACCCGACCCACACUCGUGUGUUACAGAAUCAACCAGGCUUCCACGAAGAUACCGCAUCGCAUGCAUGGCUGGACAAGCUUCCUGUACUUGCGCUCGAGCCCGACCCCUUCUCCUCCCUCACACCGAACCCUUGCUUUUUCCUAGAGGAUCACCAGGCGCUCCAGUUCGGAAUGCCGGAACUUCUCCUCUCUGAAGCGACUGAAAAGCCCGGAGCGGUUGACAUAGGUUUUGGUGUGUCCCCCGGAUGGGAGACAGAGCCAACUCCGCGUCAGAGUGUCGGCUUCCCUGCGUCCUCUUGGGGCUCAGAGAACACUCGAGAUGACGAGGAAGAUCGCGGUGUUCUGUAUAUAUCUUCGCGGAACCCAUUCAGUCGACGAUCAAGCGCGUGGCAAGAAACGCAGGCUCCUUCCUUUCCGUUUUACGCACUUAACGAGGCAAUCAUGUCGCAAUCGAACAACACUAUGAUUUCAGAGAGUCUGUUCCGUAUCUACCACGACGUAUUAGAGCACAGUCUUUCUUGCUGGCUAACUGAGGAAACUUGUCCAUACACGGAUAAACCGAGCAUGAGAUCAUUAACGCAGGGCCGAUCCCGAUGGACUGCGGAGGAGCAAGGCAGUACUUGGUCCAACCGAAUAUACUCCCGCGUCAUUCAGCUAGACCGAUAUGCCCGCUCCACUGGUCUGAUUCGACUAACUGCGAAGGAGAACCAAGCAGCCACUAAGGCGUUACACCUUGCCAUUAUGGCCUUUACUAGUCAGUGGGCACAGGGCAGCCAUCGCGAACGGGAACGAUACGGGCCGGCAUCGGAGUUCAAUGUGGACGACUUGGGACAGGAGUUUGAUCGCAAUAUUCAAAUUUCGUUCUGGGAACAGGCUCAGGAAGCGCUUCAAAAAACGUCCGGCAUAGAGUGCUUCAGGGUUAGUUGUGCUGGGCUUAUUUUUGGACUUUGCCAAAAGCCAUGGGACUUUGAGGAUAUUGAGCAUUUCGAAAUCCAGCCACGAGAUCCCCGCGGGACCCUUCACGAUAGUAGUACCCCCCUGGCAGCGAGACUUGAAGCGGCCAUCGCCAAAGACGGCACACCUACCCACCUGGAGAGCGCGAUACGCAAGGCUCACACAUUAAAAUUCCGCUGGGAUUCUCAACAGCUAGGCAUAAUAUCUAGCGGCCGAGGCAGAGAAAUGGACAGACAAACGCCGGAAACCUCCUCGUCAUGCGACGAAGUACAACAACAUGAAAAGACUGUGGGUCUUGUAUAUUGGCUCGCUGUUAUGUUCGAUACCGUCUCCUCGUCGAUGAACGAGAGACCUGUUGUUGUGGCUGACGAGGACUCUCAGCACUGCAAUGCAACUGCUUCUGCUGAGACAUCAACAAAUGAUGCUCUUUCAAAACCCGGCCUGACCAGACUGUCUAUUCGACGGUGGUCAACGCCGCUUUUCAUCCAGGAUGACCCAGAGAGGCCAAAACAUAUACCGCGUUGGCCAUGCUCUUACGAAGCCGCUGCCGAGGCGGUAACCCGAGCAGGCCCAGUCAAGGUCCUCCUCUUCCGGCAUGUUUCAUGGUUGCAAAAUUCGCUUCGAAGGAGAGAGCACCCUGGCUCCAUGGAGGAAAUCAUCCAGAGCGCCAUGUCACUCUAUCGCUACUGGAACACGACGUACGGGGCGUUCUUUAAAGACCUUGUCCGAGAUUUCCCUGGUGUACCUCCCCGAAUCCAGAGUUGGUUCUUUUGCAUAUCAGCGCACUGGCACCUGGCAGCCUUACUGUUUGCCGACCUACUUGACUUUAUCGACAGGACGCAGUUUGGCAAUACAGAAGCUGGCCAAGCUCGUAUCAAGAACAAGGUUGCUGAGAGAAUCCGGAAGGCUAGCGCCAAUGAGAUAUCUGACCUGGCGAGGAUUUCCGUGCCCCCCGGGGCAGCAGACUCAACGUACGGCGAUGCUACGCCUCAAUCUCAUUCCCAGUCCCAGUCCAUACCAUCACCCGACUUCCAUUUCGCCGUCAACAAGUGCACUGGGUAA